CUGUCUUGUUGGGGACAAUUGAAGAGACCAAGGAAGUUUAGGCGCAGAGGGAGACGUGAGGCGCGCCGGUUCCCAGACAGUGUCGGCGCAUUUGUGAGAGAAAAUCUGCAUGGAAUAAGAGAAACUAACUGAGUCAAGCAGAAGAAAUGGCAGAGAAGAGAAAAGUUUCUCAGCUCUGCUGGCUGCUCCUGGCGGUGCUUCAAAUCUCUGCACCUUCUUCAGCACAAGACGCCACCACCUCCUUGGCUAACUCUACCAGCACCUCAGCUUCAAAAAAGAUCUCUGGCUACCGGACUCUUCCGAUUGAUGUGAAAGUGGCCGUGGGCGAGCCUGCAGAGUUCAGGUGUGGAGUGCCUGAAGCCUCCAAAAGCCUCACAUUUACUUUUUACAGCAGCCAUGGAAACUACACCCUCACCUGCCCCAACGGCAAGGUGGAGGACAUUCCCCAGGCUUUGUAUGGGCGCUGUGAAGUGAAGGGAGGUGAACUGGUGGCGAUUUGGACACUCAAAGGAACCUCAUACUCUGACAAUGACACGCUGGUCAUUUGUCAUCAGUCAAAUGAUCCAGAAGACUGCUCUGCUGUCCUGCAUGUCUAUGAUAAUGGUGCCAGCUAUGCUACCCUGGUUGGAUGUUUGAUCGGAGGAUUCUUCGGGGUCCUUUUGAUUUUCGGCCUCAUUUUUCUCCUGAUGCCAAAAUCCAUGACGAUUCAGAACUGUCUUGGUGAAGAUGACAUCAACGAUGACCUGGACUCAAUCGUAAAAGAGUGAACCAAG